ACAGUGGCUCUCAGCAGAGUCUUCAGAGUGCUCCGAGAAGGACAGCGUGGAGAGGAUGUCAGUGUUUUUACGCACAGCGCAGAUUCAUCCGAUGUCUUAGUCCGCCUUUUCGGUCAUUUUUAAAUGCCGGGCAUGCUCUAACAUAUUGGACUGACUGGGACUACUGCUGACUUUUCUGUCGACUGGUAGGUUUUCACGGGGGGAAACCUAUCGUGGAUCGGUUACAGCCAGGGCGACAUGAGCGCAGGAAAACUUCUGAGUCUCAGGAUGGAUAUACCUGUCAUCAUUUUGCUCAUCCACCUGACCCAUACUGAGAUUAGAGCGCUGCUGACCAGCAGGCCAGAAGUGUCCUCCAAAUGUCCCCUCGGCCACUUCCCCUGUGGGAACAUAAGUGAGUGUCUCCCACAGGCUUUGCAGUGUAACGGACACAAGGACUGUCCCAAUGGAGCUGACGAGCGGCGCUGUGGAGACAACAUCGGAUGGGCGGACUUAUUUGGUCAAACACUACAAGAUGCCAAUCAUGUGGACCAGUACUUCCUGAAUGAGUGUUUCUUGCAGGAGUAUCCAGAGAGUUGUGACUGCAUACGGAUGGAUGUCGAGUGUGUGGAGGUCAACCUGCAGGAUGUUCCUCUACUCUCUCCUAAUGUUACCUUUCUGUCACUGAGGAGCAACAAGAUCCGAGUGUUGUCCGAUUUAGUUUUCUCAAAAUACUCUUUUCUAGAGAGACUAUUUCUGCAAAACAACAGCCUCCAGUUCAUAUCCAAACGUGCUUUCAGCGGCCUGCACAGUUUAAAGAGGUUGUUUCUAAGUGAGAACUUGAUAUCCUCCUUUAGUCCUGGUGUGUUCGGGGAUCUCCAUCAGUUAGAAUGGCUGAUGUUGGAUCAUAACCCACUAAGCAGCUUGUCCAAGGACACUUUCAUCGGGCUCCAGUCUCUCAUAUACCUAUCCAUGGUGGGCACCUCGCUACAGCACCUUCCACACCAGAGCUUCUGUCAACACAUGCCUGCCUUGGAAUGGCUGGAUCUUGAGGGAAACCAGAUUCAAACUCUCAACUACUCAAUCUUGAAGACCUGCAGUAAGCUUGAAGUUCUAUUGCUGAUGGACAACAAGAUCAGAAGAGUUCCCGAAAACACCUUCCAGUCUCUGUGGAAACUAGCUGAACUGAAUCUGUCCAGCAACAGGAUCAGGGAGUUGCCAAAAAACACCUUUAAGAGCCUCUCCAAGUCCCUUCUUAAACUAAAUAUCUCCCACAAUCCCCUCCUCCGCAUUCACCCCAGCCACUUCCACCACCUGACACACCUUCAGUCUCUGGCUCUGGAGGGGAUAGAGAUCCCAGACAUUCAGACUAAGAUAUUUCUGCCUAUGAAUAACCUCUCCCACAUCUACUUUAAGAAGUUCCAGUACUGCUCCUAUGCACCCCAUGUCAGGUCCUGUAAGCCCAACACAGAUGGCAUCUCUUCUUUUGAGGACCUGCUGGCUAACGUAGUGCUGCGGGUGUCUGUCUGGGUCAUGGCCUUCAUUACUUGCUUCGGUAACCUCUUUGUUAUCGGCAUGAGGUCACUGAUACGAGCAGAGAACAACCUGCACGCUGCCUGCAUCAAAGUCCUCUGCUGUGCAGACUGCCUCAUGGGUGUGUACCUGUUUUUCGUUGGAGUGUUUGAUGUGAAAUUCCGCGGGCAGUACAAUCGUAACGCCCUGCUCUGGAUGGAGAGCGUGGAGUGUCGGACUAUUGGAUUCCUGGCCAUGCUUUCCUCAGAGGUGUCUGUUCUCCUCCUGACCUACCUGACUCUGGAAAAGUUUCUAGUUAUUGUCUUCCCCUUCAGCAAUCUGCGCCCAGGCAAACUUCAAACUGUGGUGGCCCUGGCCUCUAUCUGGGUACUGGGGUUCAUUAUUGCUGCUGUGCCCCUAAUGAAUGAGGACGUCUUCGGAAACUACUACGGACGUAAUGGGGUCUGCUUUCCCCUGCACUCUGACAGGCAAGAAAAACCUACAGCCAAAGGAUAUUCAACAGGGAUUUUUCUGGGUCUAAACCUGAUGGCGUUCCUGGUGAUCGCCUUCUCCUACUCCAGCAUGUUCUACUCCAUCUAUAAAACCGGCAUCAAUGCCACAGACUUGAGGAGCAGACUGCACAGAGACGUGGCUGUGGCCAACAGAUUCUUCUUCAUAGUGUUCUCUGAUGCCCUCUGCUGGAUUCCCAUAUUUUUGGUGAAAGUCCUCUCACUAUUGGAGGUGGAAAUACCUGGCACCAUCUCCAGCUGGGUAGUCAUCUUCAUCCUUCCCAUCAACAGCGCCUUGAACCCCAUCCUGUACACCUUGACCACCAGCUUCUUCAGAGAGCAGGUGGAAGUCUUACUCUGUCGUUGGCAAAGAAGACAUAUAUUGAAAAAAGACCGCAAAAGCCUCACCUCAUCUACGAUCUUCAUGGACACGUCACGGCCUCCUUGCUACCAGCCACCAGCCUACCUCCAGUCACUUACCGGCGCAGAUCCCCGCUACGCUUAAGAGAGGCAGGAACUUUCCUUGCACUUCGUGAACUACUCGCCAAGGGCCUGUUGCUGGUUAUAUCUUGAGGCUCCCACAUGACAGUAGCACUGUUUUAAUGAGACUGGCUUUCCAGUGGAACAAUAUUAACAAUCACUAAGCUGUCUUGCCAGGCUCUAAGGUGCUCCACAUUCUAAAAAUGACAACAAUUAGACGCUUUGGACAUGAGGAGCCAGGGAUUAAACCAGCAACCUUACAAUUAAACGAUGACCCCCUGUACCACUUCAGCUACAGAUGCCCCGAUGCUUGUCUGCUUAUGUGGCCGUACAGUAAAGUGAAGAUAAGAAUAACGAUGGAUGAAAGGAUAAAUACCAGCAUGUACUGUACAUCUCACUGCCACCCAGAGGACGAUCAGAGUGGACUUAAAAUGUCUUAAAAUCAAGCAAGAAAAGUGCCUAUUAUACUUGUAGGAUACAUAAUGUCCCACAUACAUUUAGUGACUCAUCAGAUGCUGAGCUGAGAAACAGGUUCAAGGAUAAAUGCUUAUAAUGCUGGGAUUAUACAAAUGAAACUGCAAAUCAGCAUUUAUUUGUUGUAAUGUCCACAAAAGCUAAUCCAUGUUUGAAAUUCAAAUGCCAAAAUCCUAUUGAAAUGCAGUCCAUUUUACAUGCAAUUGUAAUAUCUUCUAUUAAAAUUAAAAUGAAUAAUUAAAAGGUAAUUAUGCUAUCCAAAUAAUCCACGACACUUAUUAUGCUCUCUGCUUCCUCCCUCUGUAUUUCUGCUCUCCAUGUUUGCUUUUGUUGUCGUCUUUUCUCUUUCUGGUAAUUUCUCUUGCUCCAUCAGUUGUUAAGUUUACUGGCCUGAUUAGCUUUCCUGAAUUAUAUUUUGCUCUGUAAUACCACUUUGCUAGAGCCGCCUCUACACAGAAAUGUAGAAACUGAAAAAGGAAGGAGUGAAUUUGCAUGUAGCAGGGUUGAUGUGUGAUCAUGUGAAACUGUUAUAUAAAUGCCACAAAUUACAUUUAAUUUAUGAAACAAAUCUGAAAAUGAAAUGUUCAAUAGCCCAUUAAAUUAUAAUGUUUGACACUUUAAUGACAUUUUUUAAGGUUUGUAGUAAAGGAGAUGAGAAUAUUACGUGGUUAACAUAAUGUGCUUUUGAAUUAUGUUAAAAGGUAAAAAUGUAAUUGUCAAUGUGAAUUGUAUUGAAUUACGGUAGGUUAGGAUUAUAAUAAAUGUACAAGGCACUUAAAAUAUGAGAGAAACCAGUCAAUGGGAGAAAAACAUGAGAAAGAGACUAUGUAGCAGUAGCGGCUAUCUUCCUGUUCCCCACUAACUGUAAACUGAUGUUCAUUUCUGCCAUAUUUUGUAAUGUUAUUCUGAUGUAAUGGGUGUAAUCUUAAUAUUUCAUUACUUGUUUAUUAUGUGCCAUUUUGUAAAAUCCAAAUGCAUGUGCAGUAUGUGCUCUGACUAUUUAUGAACCUGAACCAAUAUGCUGUAUAGCAUAUUGAUACCAUAAAAUCAUACUUUUAUUGUACAGACCUCCUGAUUGCGUGACUGACCGGGACUGGAUACAAAUAUUUGGUUAAAGCAUGCAACGUAUCACUAAUGAAGAAAUGUCUAAUUCUGAUUUGUUAUCAUUGCUUCUAUUAAUACCUUUGUAUAGUGAUAUAUAAUGUGCCUUUGUUUUUGCUGCUUUUUAACAGUUGCUUUGAUUCAAUGACAAUCAACAACCAGAUAAUAGUGAAAGAGCAACAAGUUAUACAUUUGUACUGAUUUAUAAUGGACUAUCAUUUCCUAUUAUGCUGUGCAAGUGUGCAUAUGUUUGUUUUUGUUGUAUAAUAUUUGGUACAGGAGACUUGUCUUCUCAGUGUAUGUUCUGUAUAUCAUUGUGUUUGUUGGUGUCAGGUUAGUGAUUUGUCUUUAUUGGUUUCCACAAAGAGAUCUGACUGAAAUAAUAAAAACAAGAACAAACCUUAAGUACA